AAUGAAGCCUCAUUUAUGUGAUCAACCAAUGAAUCUUACUCGGCGAGCAUGCUGUCAACUUGUACUAUUUUUGAAUGAUACUGAACGGGUGCCGCCUUGCUCCACAUCAAUGCUCCCAUCAACUACGAGUCAUAAACCACCGAUAUAUUUAGUGGAACCUGUUGAAGAAUCCGAGGAUCAUUUGACAUUUUUCGUUGGCAUUUUUAUGCUUAUGGUUAUUGCAUUAGCAUUCUCAAUUGGGUUGAGCAAAAUGACAAAGCCAAAAGUAUCAAUAAGUCGAUAUAAUACUUCAAACUCUUCGUAUGACAUAUUAAUGUGGCUUUCGAGUAAUCCAACAAAUAGAUCCUCCAUGCUCCUUCUGCUCCGAUCCAUGUGCCGAACUCCAACGACACCGGACAGCAGUGUCUCAGUGGUAUCCUCAAAUAUCCCACUGCUCCCAUCUUACCAAUGUGCCAGUCAAUCCACCACAGCCAACACACCACCUCCUCCCUAUUCAGCCACGUCACAUCUGGUCGCUUGAUGCCUUUGAUUUUUGAAAUUUUGUUUUCUACGGGUUCCCCCUGUCUGUUUCGCUUUGAAUUACCAAGUCCUUAUUAAAGUUAUAAAACAAUU